AUGCGUCUGAAACGUUGUAUAUUGUACUUAAUGGGAGUGAUGAGUGUUUCGGGCCAUACCUGCGGCGAGAACAAAAUCCCGUUUGGGUUGGAGGUCUCGAGAGAUGGACAGCCCGCCUUACUUUGCUCGAAGCCCGAGUGUUUUGAGAAGACGUAUGCUGUAAGUGCAAUAUCUCUACAGUAAUCGAGUUCGUUUUCAUUUCACACAGUCGUAUUUUAGGACUGCGAUGAGCGAGCGUUCCGUCGGUCGUGCGAAAAGAAAAGCUGGGUGGGAGGGUUCGACAAAUCAUACGGAAAACAUCAACCGUAGGUGUUAUUGUUUCCCAAACAACUUCUUUCAGACUCUAUCUUCAAUGCUGCGAAUUCGAGAACUUUGAUAAGAUCGCCGAUCCCUUGUAUCACAACGUCCGAGUGAGGCCAGGGGAGUUCUUUGAGGGCGAGGAAAUCCAAGAUAAAACCAGUGAGGAUACUGUAGCUUUUGAUGUAAUCACAAACAUGAGAUUGGUCAGAGGUCCGGAGCAAAAGUAAGUUAAUUAAAAACGCUAUUCUUCGUCAUCAAAAUAUUCGCUGACAUUAAAUCACCGUAUUUUAGCAUAUCAUUUGAAAUCGAUGUGGCCCGAUUCCGAUGUGCUGACAUAAUUCGACAUAAAAAGUACAAAAACUGGUCGUGGCCAUAG